AUACUGUGACGUCACCAUGGAGGCAGGCAGUGCAGGCUCAGACGUUGUGGGGGUAGGUACUGCGCUGCUCUCCGUCAUCACAACCAUAACCACCCCCACCACCACCACCACUAUCACCAUCAACACCACCAUCACCAUCCAGAAGCUAAUAACAUCUGUCGACGGAAAAGGAAAGAGAAAGGAGGGAAAGACGAGAGCAAAACAAAGUGACGUGGAAUAGUGAACCCGUUGAAAAGGAUGAAGCGGAACGAUACUAGCCGAGGGUGACGCCGCUGCCCUGUGAUUGGUGGAGGGCCCCGUGACGUCACACCCGCGUCACCAAUAUCACGACCAUUAUCAGGGACCUUCUUCUUCUUCGGGGACCAAUCAGAGGAGGGGACGAGAGAUGGCUUGUGGGAGCGUGUUCGCCUCUGACCCCGGCCUGACCGCUGGGCGUGACCUCUCCUCCGGGGCUGACCUCCACCCUGACCUCGCCGCCGCCACCGCCGCCGCAACCACCCCCGUCCCCAGGUCUUCCUACAGGCCCACGGGUGAGGUCCACGAGGCCGUCAGGUUCCUGCAGGCCGAGCAUGAGGCAGUGCUGCGUGGCCUGCACCAACAGGUGACCCGCCUGCAGCAGCGGUGCGAAGAGCUGGAGUUCGAGGCACACCUGCGGCCGCUGACGGUGGAUCACGACGCGUGGCGGCGGCGGGUGUCGGAGGCGGCGCGGCGCGCGGAGGAGAACGCGUCGCGCGCGGCGAAGCUGGAGCGUCAGGCGGCGGCGGCGGAGGAGCAGCUGGAGCAGCACCGCUGGCGGGAGGCCACGCUGCGCCAGCAGGUGGAGGCGGGGGAGCAGCGCGCCGCGGACCUGCGCGCCGAGGUGACGCGCCUGCGUGCCCAGGUGCGUGACCUGCGCGUGUACAGCACCGCGUUGCGCACCGGCGGAGGCAGCGCGCGCACACCCACGCCCCGCGGCCCCUCCCGGGCCCUGCGGCCUCCCUCCCGCUCCUCGCUGGGCUCGCAGGAGUCCCUGGAGGGGGGCGCCGGGCCCCGCAGCCUGGGCUCCGAGGACGGCGAGGCGGGAGGCUGGUGGCGCGAGGCCCGGCUGGGGGGCUCUGCUGCGGUGCGGGGCGCGCGGGGCGGCACGGCACACUCCCUGCCCCGCACCCCCGCCGCCUCGCUGCCCCCCUCCCUGCCCUCGCCGCCCCCCUCUCUGCCCCCCCUGGCCUCGCUGCCCCCCGCGCGCCCCUCCUCCGGGGCAGUGGUUCUGCCCCCCAUCCAGGCGGGGCGGGGCGGGGCGUCGCGCCACGUGCGACGACAGAUCAGACUGGCCUCCGCCCCCGCCCCUGCCGCCACCCCCUCCCCGGGGCCCCGCCACGACGCCGUGCCCCAGCGCGAGCCGGCAUGACCCCCGAGGGGCACCUCAGCCCCGCCCGCGGCACGCAAAGGGGCUCGCCGCCCCUCUUGGCUGGACCUGCUGGACCCCUAGCCCCGCCCCGCCCCGCCCCGCCCCGCCACUAGUCCAAGCAGCCGGGUCUGGCGGCGCCUGAGGCUGCCGCGAGUGUACCGAGGCGCCCGCGUGUGUGUGUACCGAGACGCCGUGUGUACCGAGAUAGUCAGGUGUGCACCAAGAUAGUCAGUUGUGUGCGUAUUAAAGACAUGUGUGUACAUAUUUCAAGAGCCUGUACGUAUAUGUGUAUGUGUGCCGGGACAGACUGUGUGCACGAGGGGAACACGUGCACGUGAGUGUGUGUGUGUGUGUGUGUGUGUGUGUUUAUAUGAUUACGAGAUGGACCAGCAAUCCUCAGCUCUCGUGUGUGUGUGUGUGUGUGUGUGUGUGUGUGUGUGUGGACAUGUAAACAGUCAUAUGUAUACCUAGCUUGACCAUUCUCCCUCCCGUUAUUCCCUCCACACACGCCCGAGUACGUCCCCCUCCCCCCGUCACCCUCCCCCCCCUCGUCCACAAUUUGCCCCCCUAAUCCGCCCCCCACAAAAAUAAAACAAAGGGGGGAGGGGGGGCCACUUUUGUACUUUUUCUGACUAUAAUAACAAUAAAAGACAAUGUGAUA